AUGGAUAUGUGUUUGAUUGGCGCUUGUCUUGGCUUGCUUGGUAUUCUUGGAAACGCAGCCCGCGGGCUCGGGGCGCCGGUUGGCAUCUGCGACCGCCCAGUCAGUAGGGAGUACCAACCGUCAAUCAGCCAACACUCAACGGCAGCCAUUGACGACGGCGGAGUAUCCGUCAAGGUACCCGUAAUACCGUAUGGCCACUAUGGUGUACUCCGUACGCCGUCGGAAUUUACUCGUAAGGUCCAAAUAGUGGGAUCAUGGAGGAGGUGCUUUGGUCCUGGUCGUAAGCUCAUAUUCCUCCGUCGAUCCUCCCGGGAUUCAGCUGCUGGUUUCGCCCGCAAAGGGACAUCGGACCCUGGAACAGCUGGCUCGCUCUUGACCCAUGGUGUAUCCGGAGGUUGGAGGAGCAGAGGGCUACCCUGCACUCCUCGUACUUUCCGAAACCGUCCAGCGCAAAUACCUGAUGAUGAGAGACGGGUUGAGACUAUGAGAGCUUGGAAUACGCAGGAUGCAGCAAAGCUCUAUGAUUGGCCGGAGAAGGUCCUAUUCAGCUCGACUUACAAGGCAAUUAGGUUCAGUUUGGUGAAAAGUGGCGGAGCUGUGGCCCUAUCCGCUUCCCCGCAACUCAACACGCGUAUUGGCGUAUCUGCCCAUGCCUGUUCUGCUCUAGGAGGCUUGGGAACGCCUCACCUAUCUCGCAUUCCUCGCAUAGACCUCGCCUGUCCUCGUUUUCGCUCUCGUGGUGCGAAUGACCGUGGUCGUUCUGCAAAUCUGCGACCGAUGCCAUCGCUGUCAAUCUCAGGUUAUCGGCGAAGCCAUGCCGAGCAGCCGUUCUCACCAACCAUUGCACGAUGCGAAGGUUACGAAACUUGUCGAGGGGCACUUUGGCCAGCCAAGGCACGAGUUAACUGCUCGCAGAUUGCAGACUAUCUCAUUGUGGUUCUAUUCAGGUUGGCACCCACAGAAAAUCGGCCCCAAGCAAUACCUACUAGCUGGGCGAGCAUGUUUUAACCUUGAUUAGCUAUUGUCGAAUCAAGAGCCCCUCGCCGACUCCAUUUCAACGUCUUGGCCGACCAUUUGCCCCCAAAUCGGGUGGCCGUGUCUCUCUUGGCGCCCUGCACUCGCCGUAUUGACAUCUCGUCAUUCACCAAAUCGCUGAGAGCAGACAUCGUUAUACUUUUCGCUGUCAAACCACACCACGACCACCCUGUCAUGCCAACCUCCAAACCCCGCCCUAAGCCUUGUAUCCGUACCUGGAAGGGGGUCUGUGAAAUUGCACCGCUCUUGCGGCCUUGGAGUGGUCCAGGCCU